AUUCACUUCCGUUGAGCCAGGAAGUUAAAAUUCUGUCUACUUAACUAAGACACUCAAAUGCUUCCGUAUAGAAUUCAAGAUCCUUAAACAAAGAGAGUAUUCAUCGCAAGUAUUCAGAUUUUGGAUACAUAAUUUUAUGUACAUGUCAAUUGUUGGGGAUUUUUGGCUGUGAAGACAGAAGACUUUUCGGAUAGUUUUUCAUAGCAGACGACAUUGUGUAUGAAAAGACAGGAUGCAGGCGAUCAAAUGUGUCGUUGUUGGAGACGGGGCCGUUGGUAAGACCUGUUUGCUCAUCAGCUACACGACAAACGCUUUUCCAGGGGAGUACAUUCCUACAGUAUUCGACAAUUACUCUGCCAAUGUGAUGGUAGAUGGUAAGCCCAUCAACCUCGGGCUCUGGGAUACGGCAGGACAGGAAGACUAUGACAGGCUCCGGCCUCUCUCCUACCCACAGACUGAUGUUUUUCUCAUCUGCUUUUCCCUUAUAAGUCCUGCAAGCUUCGAAAACGUUCGCGCAAAGUGGUACCCGGAAGUGAGCCAUCACUGUCCCGACACGCCUGUUAUCCUAGUGGGCACAAAACUCGAUCUUCGGGACGAUAAGGACACGGUUGAAAAACUCAAGGAGAAGAAACUGUCGCCUCUAACAUAUCCACAGGGCCUCGCCCUUGCCAAGGACAUCAAUUCGGUAAAAUACCUGGAGUGUUCCGCGCUCACCCAGAAGGGCCUCAAGACGGUCUUUGACGAAGCCAUCAGGGCGGUCCUCUGUCCACGAAAGGUCGUCAAGCCCAGGCCGAAGUGUAUAAUGUUUUGACGUGUGGCGUCAUCUUCCGCCUUAGAUUUGAAUAAGUGUUCGUUUGGUUUAAAGGGUUCAUUUUUUGUAUAAGCUGUUUUGAGGUGUGUCGCCAUCUUUCGUCUUAGAUUAGAAUAUGUGUUCUCUUGGUUUAAAGGGUUAGUUUUAUUUCUGUAUGACAUAUAUGAUUGCGUUAUCGAGAUUAAAAAUGCACAUUUGUGACGUCCGCUGACGUAUCUUGUGGAACAAAACUUUUGUUUAACAUUGUACAUAAAUGUAUAGGCUCUUAUUUAGACACUGUAAUCAUAUGCAUUCAUUUUAGUGUGAUAAUUCAAGAACUAUUGGAAAACAUUUAUUGAUAUUUAUAAUAUCAUUUUUGCAAAUAUACUUAAUCUUUUUAUGUAAAUAUAUUACUUAAAUGAUGGGCCAAGAGGGCAAUUUGUUUAAUACAUUGUGUAAUAUUAAUAUGUUGGUAUCACUGAUUUAUUAACAACUGUCUAACAGUUCUCAAUUAUUGGCAUUUGCUAAAGGAUCGUUUAGUACACCUGCCUUAAAGCUGCAACCUCACAGAGUUACCGUUUUGACAACUUUUUUUGUUUUGGAAUGAGCCAAUUUUUGUGUAAAUAUCUGCAAACCAGUGAUAUAAGACUGCUGACAAAUGAUCAGAUGGAAGAUUUCAUAUUGCGGAUCGAAAAAUAAUGAUUUAUGGCUGAAAGCGUUACUAACGGUUUAAGAAAAAUGCAUACAAUAUAUAUUUUCGAACUUAAAUAUGAAAAUCUGCGAUCUGAUUUUUGUCAGCAGUCUUACAUCACUGGUUUCCAUGCAUUUUCGCAUAAAUUGGCUCGUUCCAAGACAAAAAAAAUACAAAAAAGUGUUCAAUAUAUUCAAUCUGUGAGAGUGCAGCUUUUAAUAUAAUCAUAUUAUAUCAUACUACUUUUUCUGCUGUUUGCAAGUGAACUACUUAAUACAAACUCGUCCUUCAGUAUUAAAAGCACAAUUGCAAUGGAAUCUAUGUACCGAAAAGACGUCCAAAGCCCUGUUUCAGCACUUCAAAGGGUUUCGCUUGUCAUCAUACCGGUCUCGAGAGCCCAUUUCAAAGCUACGAUUGAAAGGGUCGGUUGAUGUGAAACCAAUGCGGACUGUUCAUAUAUGGAUGUUUUGCGGGGUUAUGAGCCUGGAAUUCAUGGCGAUAAUUUAAAGUUUAUAUGUAUAAUUUAAUGGUUAAACAAACUUGAAAUGCUAAUUUCAUUUGGAAACAGCAGUAUUAAAGGGACUAGACACCAGAUGAUUCAUUUGGAAGAAAACAAAUUCUUACAUAAAGUUGACAUCACUGUGUUCAACGCAAUGAAUCAUACUUACUGAUCUAUUACAUCGAUUAUGACACAUGUAUCUUUCGCAGUUUUUGAGCAUUUCUCUAAUUGAAAAUCUACCUUAGGUUGUUUACCACGUAAAUCCCACUAAGUCUAAAAAUAGCGUAGGUUUAUUUAUCGAUGCUCAUAAACAUAUAUGAUUUAAACUGGGAAACCAUUAUGCUUUAUUUUUAAACGGGGAAUCUCAGAUGAAGCAGCAACAUGAUUGUUGCGUUUUGUUUAUUUUUAAUCAUGUAAAAAUUGUGUAUUAUCGACCUCCUACUAGCUUGCAUUGACAAUUUUAGCCUUGUUUUGAGGAGCACUGUAUUUUCCAAUAUUUGGACAAUCUGGUGUAAAGUCCCUUUAAGAAUCGUACUCGUAUACUUUCUCUUUCUCGGAUCCAUUUCGUUAGCGUUGGAACCUUAUGUCGAUAUAUUCCUUAGUUGUUGUAUUUUGAUUUAAGACUUUGUUAUUUUCAAAAUAAACGUUUACAAUACCAA